CCCCCAACCUUACUUCGAGGGCACUUUGUCCUACUCCACUCGCCCCUCCACGGCAGCUAAAGCUCCAAACCAUCCAAACCAAGAACAAAAGCCGUUGACCCCCGACAGGCCGACACACACCAUAUCGAUCGCCUCCAUCGCGUCAUGGCGUCCGAUGAUCCAUCCAACGUGCCACAGGAGCUCACCGGAGCGGUAGCCGUGCCGGCGGCAGCGGUGCCGGCAAAAAACCUAAAGCUGAAGCUCUACUCGUUCUGGCGAAGCUCAUGCUCGCAACGCGUCCGCAUAGCCCUUAAUCUCAAAGGACUGGAGUACGAGUAUAAGCCAGUGAAUCUCCUCGCAAACGAGCAGUCAGAUCCAGAGUUUGAGAGGUUGAACCCAAUCAAGUAUGUUCCGGCAUUGGUGGAUGGCGACACAGUUAUCGCAGAUUCAUUUGCAAUCUUGCUGUACCUAGAGGACAAGUACCCCCAGUAUCCUCUGCUACCACAGGACCCCAAUAAGAGAGCACUGAAUAUCCAGAUUGCAAGCAUCGUUGGUUCAAGCAUCCAGCCACUACAAAACUAUCCUAAUUUCAUCGAGGAGAAGUUAGACUCCAGUGAAGCAAUUAAGUGGACCCAACAUCACAUCAACAGGGGCUUCACAGCUCUUGAGAAGCUGUUGAAAGGAUGCAGCACCAAAUAUGCCACAGGAAACGAAAUCCAGCUGGCAGAUGUAUUUCUGGAACCACAGAUAUACGGUGGAAUUAAGCGCUUUGGAAUUGAUAUGUCAGCUUACCCUGUCCUGGCGAGGCUCCAUGAGGCGUACCUGGAACAUCCUGCCUUCUUGGCUGCAUUGCCAGAGAAGCAACCAGAUGCACCUUCCUUCUGAACACAUCUCUCAGACGUAUACCGGUCUCUUCCCAUACUCAGUGCCAUGAAAAAGUUGCAGCAAUUAUUUCUUGUAAAUUUUAGUUGAUUUGUAACUAAUAUUCUAUAUUUAUGUUUGAGAAAUAAUAGAAAAUACACAAAAAAAUCAUACAUAUUUUCCAUAAAUAAAACAUGUAUAUGUACGGUGAGGCCCGUUGAGA